CUUCACGUCCCCUUAUUGAAAAAAUCAAUCUUAAAAAAUAUUAUAAUCAUAAAUACCAAACACAACCUCCCACUCCUUGAAUUGUAUCAUUAGGAGCUUAGCAACAUGGAUGCCCGCUUCAACAAGUGUGCGUCCAAGGAGCCCAAGCCUCCUGCUCAGAAGAGAACCGUGCUUCCAGUGCUCACCAAGACCCAGCAGAGACCCGUCCGCUGUGAUGGUGGCCUGGAGCCAAUCAGAAGGAAGGACCCUCUCCCCCCGCUGGUCUUAAAGCCUGAGGCGCUGAACAAGGCUCCUCUUCAGAAGGGGAAGACCCCCGUCCUUCCAGACAUCACCAAGACCCAGCAGAGACCCCUCUGCCGUGCUGUUGACCUGCAGCAGAGAGUGCAGGAGAAGAUGAGGAGGUGGGAUGGCCAACGAUUGGCCGCAGCAGAUGCCUUGUCAGCCUUCAGAAAACACCUGACACCGUUUGAGCGGAGGGAAAUCAAACAGUACCAAGACGUGUGGUAUUUUGGCAUAGCUGCAGAGAAGGUCCGGGAGACAUGCGCCCUCAACCAUGGUUAUGAUGACAUCGAGGGACACUACAAGAUGGUCAAUACUAACACAUGUCGUCCGGAGGGAUCCCACCACAAACCUUUCAGAGUAGAAGAAUGGGCUUUGUUGGGUUCAGCCGGAUGUAUUUAUAUUCAUGCACAGUUGGUUCGUUUUGAAUGGGGGUUUUAAAUGCAGGUUAUCAACGACCACAUUGCCUACCGCUAUGAGGUCCUGGAGGAGAUAGGUCAGGGUAGCUUCGGUCGAGUCCUCAAGUGCAGAGACCACAAAACCAAGCAGCUGGUAGCCAUGAAGGUCAUUGCGAACAAGAAAAGGUAUCUUAUCAUGGAUGAAGCUCAAUGAUAGAGUGCCAUCGUUCCAUUAAAUGAACAAAUUAACCAAUCAAAUCACAUUCUCCAAUCACUAUGCUAAUCCAUAUAAUCCUCAACAAAUACUUUCCAUGAACCUCAAACCAACCAAUCAAUAGGGUUGCAGUUGAGGCGAUGGCAGAGGUGGAAAUUCUGGAGCUGCUCCAAAAGAACGAGAAGCAUGACGUCGCCAACGUCGUCCACAUGAAGGAGCACUUCCACUUCCGGAACCAUCUGUGCAUCACCUUUGACCUCAUGGGAAAGAACCUGUUUGAGGUGAUGAACGAGAGAGAGUUCAGAGGGCUGGGCACCUCUCAGGUGAGGAGCCACGCCAUCUCUCUGGUGCAGUCUCUCCAGUUCCUCAGUAGGACCGGCAUCAUCCACUGUGACCUGAAACCGGACAACAUCCUGGUAGCAGAAGAUGACUCCGAGGUCAUAAAGGUGGCUGACUUUGGGGCAAGCCGUCUGGAACAUCUUAACACCUAUCCUGUUACCCAGACACUGCCCUACAUGUGCCCAGAAGUUAUUCUGAAGAAUCCCUUCAGCAAGGCCAUUGACAUGUGGAGUCUGGGCUGCAUCUUAGCCGAGCUGAAGACCGGCGAGGUCCUAUUUGACGCGUGGGAAAAGUACGAGCUGCUGCUGCAAAUGAAGAAGCUGCUGGGUGCUCCCCCAAAGGGUAUGCUGACGAAGACCACGCUUCAGUACGUGCUCUCUGGUACAAGAUAUAGCAGACGCAUGACCAGGUGGCGUCUGUCUAUGGCCCUGGACACGGAGGACCAACUCUUCCUUGACUUCAUCCAGCGCUGUCUCACAUACGAGCCGGCGAAGCGCCUGACCCCGGAUGAGGCCAUGCAGCAUCCCUGGAUCAAGGAGCGCUUCCAGGGUCCCAGCUCCAGUGCAGACCCGUCUCCUCACCGGUCCACUAACCGGGAGCACAUGGUGGACUCCACCUGCAACGCAGCCCCGUCCACCUCGAGAGCAGGACCCAGACCUGUCGGAACCAGAGGCAGGGGCCGCUGAAUAAUGCUGGUCCCACCUUCAUGGGGACAUGAGGGUGCC